UAUGAGAUAAGUCAUGGAAAUACAGUUCAGAAAUAGGUUGUAUAUAAUAAAAGGAAGUGGCCAUAAAUCUGUACGAGAGAGGAUUCAAAAGAAAAGAAAAAGGAAGUGAGAAAGUAUGGAGCGAGAAAAUCGAGUAAAUGAGAAGAUUUUGAUGAAUGCUUGGAUUUCCGUGCUUUGAAAACAUCCUAUUUUGUGAUUUUCCUGUCCGACAAACACAAUAUUUACACAAACUCACACUUUCCUUCUUUUAUUUCUCUUUUCUUUGGGAGAGUAAGAUCUUUUUGUGCUUAAAACAUGGGUAGACUUUCUUUGGUUUCCACUUGAUGAUCAACGUAUAGGAAAGCAAAGAAUCGGACCCAAAAAGAAAGAAAGAAAAGAAAAUAUAAAACUUAACUUCAAGAAUGUGCAGCAAUUCAAGCCAUAGUAGCAGCGGCGGAGGUGUUGGUGGUGAUAAUGGUGUUGAUAGUAUAUAUUCAAAGAAACCCAAGAGACAAAGAGUACCAAAAAGAGGGCCAGGAGUUGCAGAACUAGAGAAGAUUUUGAGAGAACAAGAGAAGAGAAAUGAUAUAGAAAAGGCUAAGAGUGACGGGUAUUCAUUAGUAUCAUCACUUCCCAAUUCUUAUCACCCGCAACCCCUUGCUCUUGCUUCAUCAAAAUCCUUACCACAACCACGACCUGUCUCUUUCUCUCCACAUCCUAAACAAUUUACUCCACCGAAUACAACAUAUAGCAUAGCGUUAGUUGGCAAAAGUGGCGUCCAAAUCGCUGGAUCAAAUUUGGUUUUACCUGAGCAUACUUUGUUACCUACGAUGUGGAGUUCUUCUGAGACUAAAGUUGGUGUUGGAGUAUCAAGAUCAGUUCCCGGAUUUCCAUUUUCUGCCCGUUCAUUGAAUGGAUCUAAUCCUAGUCCUGUGUUUCCUGAUCCUAGUUUGAUGCAAAGAAGCCAAAACACACCAUCUUCAGCUAAAGAUCUUUUUCCUCAUUGUAUUGUGUCAUCUUCAACAACUCCAUCAUCUUCUAUACCUUGCCAUGGUAGAGAGCCCCCUUCAAACCAAACCACAUAUUAUCAUACUACUCCUUUAUGGCCAGAGGAAGAUCAGAUGGUUGGAGCAAAAAGAUCAAGACCAUUUUCCAUGGAGAUCCCUCCAGUCCCUGUUUUCCACUAUCCAGUUCCAACAUUUUCACCUCAAAUCAACAGAUUAGACCCUUCAUUUUCAUGUGGUAAUGGCAGCAGCAUUGAAGCAAGUGCUACUAUCUCCAGAGAGAAGAUGCCAAGUAGUUCUUUGGAACCGAAUAUCGAAAAAUGCAAUACAGAUAAUGGAUCAUUACCAGAUGGAAGUUUUUUAUUAUUUGGAUGUCCAACAACUCCUCCAUCCACUCAUACUCUUCAACGAGAACUAUCCAAAUUCAGUCAUUUUCCUCUUCAAGAAAGCAAUGGUGGAGGAUCUAUUCACAAGAAACCUUUCUACAGCUUCUUACUUCCAAGGGAGCAUAUUGGCAUGGUGGAAAGCUUAAACAAUGAGAGAACUGAAACGAGGGGAGAUGGCAUUGAUCUCAAUCUUAGACUCUAAACAAAUUGUUGUAAGCUAAAGUGUAACAAAAGACGUACGGAAAUCCUCAUAAUCAUCUGAUUUUGAGUUAAAUAUUUAUGGAUAUGGUUGAAACCUUGUAUAAGAAUAUGUGCAUUUUCAGAAGAUUCUAUCUUUGAAUGUAAGAGUUUACAGACAAUUGAGAGUUUUUUGUUGGUAGAUUGUGGCUCGAGUAUGAACUUUAGUAAUCUAUAAAAAUUAACAUUCCAUGA